AUGCUAACAGUGAUAACCAAUAAUCCCAAUGCUCUGUACGGGUGGAGUCCUCAAGAGGAGAGAGACAGAAGGCUGAUCGAGGCAGGCAAGCGACGGGCAGUGGAAGGUGUGUUGGCGCUGCUAGCUGCAGGGGCCGUCCUGGAGGCGAGGGAUGUGAAGGAGUCGACCGGGCUGCACUGGCCGGCAGCCAGAGGGCACGUGGGGGCAGUGCACUGCCUGCUGGAGGCCGGGGCAGAGGUGGACGCCAGGACCAGCCACCGGGACAUGCCCCUGCACCUGGCUGCGGCAGCAGGUCACGUGCGAGUGGUGCGGCUGCUGGUCGAGUCCUGUGCUGUCCCCAACGCUGCGGAUCAGUGGCAGAGGACGCCGCUGCACUGGGCGGUGGAGAACGGCCACGCAGAGGCGGCGGCGGAGCUGCUGGUGGCAGGCGCCGAUGAGUGGGCCACAAGCAGUGCGGGGAGCACCCCUCUGGACCUCGCCAGGCAGAAGAACAACCGGCAGCUGGUAGAGCUGCUACCAUGA